CUUCACCAAGUUACCUGCAUUUUCAAAGUUCUUCAGUGAGAUCUCAGCUAAGAAGAGAACUGGCUAACAGUGAACCAACAGAACUGUUAGGUCAGAUGACAGCAUACUUAAGUAGCAUGCAAACUACUGACCCAACUUUGCAUCUAAAUAAUAUUACUACCUCUUCAGGGUCAAGUUCUAUUGAAAAGCAAGGAGGAGAAAUUGCAUCUGAGUUUGUGAAUCCUUUUCACGUCACAGAAGACCUAAAUAAGGAACAGGAGGUUGCAUUCCUCUUAAAGGAGUUGGACAUUCUAAAAGCAAACAAUAAAAAGCUUCAAGAGAAGCUGUCUGAAAAGGAUAAAGAGCUGAAGACAAUAAAGCUGGACUUAGAACUGCAUGACAGAGCUGCAGAAGCUAAGAUUGCCGAGAGAGCUGCAGCUAUAGUAGAAGAAAUUCAUUCUGCACAACAGGAACGUGAUGAGGCAAUCAUGGCAAGAUUGAAGUUGGCUAAUGAAGAAAGAGAUGAAGCAUGUAAACAAAUAAAACUCCUGGAACAAUCUUUUGAGAUGCUAGAAAAUAUUAACCCUGAAGAAAAUGACAUGACAUUACAGGAAUUACUGAACAGAAUAAACAAUGCAGACACUGGGAUGGCUAUACGAAGGACUGGAGCUGUAAUUGUCGAUCGAAUAUACAGGACUCAGGAACGCAAAAAGAAAAUAACUGCUGAAGAAAUGAAUGCAGUCAUAGAAGAACGAGAUGCUGCUUUGACUCAAUGCAAACGGCUGGAGCAGGAGCUUCAUCAUAUGAAAGAGCAGAACCAGACUUCUGCAAACAACACGAGACAUCUGACUGCUGAAAACAAUCAAGAACGUGCUCUGAAGGAAAAAUUGCUGGCUAUGCAACAAGAAAGAGAGGCUGCUGUUCAUCAAUACCAAAAGCUAGAGGAAGAGCUCCAAACCCUUCGUGUUUAUUACAGCCUACACCAAUCUUUGUCUCAAGAAGUGAAUCUUAAGGAUCAGUUCGACUCUGCUCUGAUGACAUAUGAAAAAGCUCUAAAAAACAGAGAGGAGAUUGUCUCCAUGCUUCUUAUCCAAAAUGAAGAGCUAGCCACCCAGCUUCAGCAAACGGCAGAAGAGAGAGCAAACAUGGAAUUAAAGUUUCAGCAUGCUUCAGAGGCAUCACAAGAGACCAGCAAAAAAAUUCAAAAGUAA